AUGUUGCAACUAGCCACUGUCCCCAUCUCUGAGACCGCAGUCAAAGCGGACAGCGGCACCAGGGAGGGGCUGAGGGUGGAGUGCUCCUUCACCUCCCCUCUAGCACGCAGUAGGUCUGUGGAGUUCCUUCCUUAUCACAGAAAUAUAAGCACAAGCACUCUAAGGGAGCUCUUUGAGUCAAAGGUCGCCAUGGAGACCAAGAGUGGCUACCAGACCAGAAGCCAUGCCCACAUGCCACGCCCAGUCAGCAUGCAUGCUACAGCCAAUGAUGAAGGCAUGGAAGAUACUGAGACCAGUAACAAAAGCACAUUACAGCCGAUGGUGCGGACAGAGGCAGUGGGCAUUAAUGUGAAUCCAGUGACACCCAAAGUGGAGAAGGUGAUGAGAACUCCCUGGUCAGAGAGAAAAAAGACCACUCAUGUAGAUGAUAAAAGGCAAUCGGAGACAGACAUCAGGGACAGUGCCUCUCUCUAUGGAUGGGAGAAGUCCCCUAUUUCUGUGAAAGCCAUAUCUGCUCUAUAUCUGUCCAAAGUGGCACCUGUAGACCAUUUGGGGAGCCUUUUAAAACCAGAACAAAAUCCUUACUCUACAACCAGACCAAAAGUUAUUAAGUUCCAGCCAGCUGCCCAGGACAUGUGCUGUGUGUGUCUCAGACCCGUUUACUACAUGGAGAAAAUGGUAGCUGGUAAACUCAUUUUCCACAAAAACUGUUUCUGCUGUAAGCACUGCAAAAAGAAACUCAGUGUUCGUGACUACGCACCACUCUAUGGAGAAUUCUACUGUGUUCUCCACUACAAGCAGCUGUUUAGAAAGAAGGGCAAUUAUGACGAGGCCUUUGGCCACCAGCAGCACAAGAACCGCUGGCUGGUGCAGAACCAAAAUGCCAGUGAUAGCAAAUAAAUCCAGUAGGUGGUAAGUGACCAGGAUGAGUAUGGGAACUUGGGUUGUUUUUUUUCCCUUUCUUUCAGAUUUUUUCAACAGGCUUGUG